AUGAUCACCAUUUGGGGGAAAGGGUGGACAAGGUUCAUGGCUGUUGGGAUUCUGUCCCUCCUUCUCAUCUUCAUCAUUCAUCUCCUCAUCUUCGCAAAUCACUUUUCCAAUCCCGGCGAACUGUCCGCUUCAAUGGACGUCAUUACCGCGUGCGCUACCUCUAACUUUGAGCACCCCAACGUCUCUCAUUCUGUCGCCGUCCCACAAAUACCCAACGUUGUUCAUCAGAUCUGGAAAACAAAUGACCUCCGAACCUACUCUACGGAAAUAGACCCAUCGCACGACGAGUGGAAGCACACACUCGAGCCCCUAAACUACACGAUCAAGCUUUGGACAGACGAUGACAUCCUCCAACUCAUCAAGGGAAGGUAUCCUUGGCUUUUACCGACGUAUGAAGCCUACCCCCAAAACAUACAACGUGCCGACAUGGCUAGGCUGCUUGUCAUCCAUGCAGAGGGAGGCAUCUACGCAGACCUCGACGUUUACCCGACCUCGGCCACUCAAAUACAAUGCCUCCAAAGUCUCAACCUGGAGGCCAUAUUCGCCCCAACGUCGGGAACUCUUGGGCUGAGCAACCACUUCUUCAUGGCGGAGCCCGGAUCUCCAUUUAUCCUAUGGGCGCUAUACGAGGGCAAGCGCCGCGGCGGCGCUGCGUCUCGAUUCAUCCCCCUGCCGUAUCUGCGAGUCUUUUGGUCCACGGGGCCUACGAUGGUGACAGCGGCAUUUCGAAAGUACGCGUGGUUAUACGGCACCCUUCAGCACAGCUUGGGCGUGUUGGAUGAUGGAUAUUCGGGGGCGGUCAUACAACACAAGGCAGGCAGGUCGUGGCAUGGAUCGGACGGGCGGGCCUUGAACUACAUAGCGGACCGUUGGGAGUGGCCUCUGUCGUGA